GGGAACAACAAUUUUCAAGAGUGCCUUUUCAUUGUUUUGAACCUGUCACACAAACACACAGCGGAAAUGGAGAGAAUAAACGUGGCUGUGCGUGCAAGGCCGCUCUCUCAAGAGGACGCCAAAACCAGUCCAUGGCGAAUCUCCGGCAACUCCAUUUCCACCACCAACAACUCCUCCAAAUUCGAUUUCGAUCGGAUUUUCGGCGAAGACUGCACCACCUUCCAGGUCUAUGAGGCUCGCACUCAAGAAAUUGUCUCCGCAGCCGUUCGUGGUUUCAACGGCACUGUGUUUGCUUAUGGGCAAACAAACAGUGGGAAAACCUAUACAAUGCGAGGCUCGGAAGCAGAACCGGGGGUUAUUCCACUUUCAGUGCGUGAUUUGUUCAGAACAAUUCAGCAGGAUGUGGAUCGAGAGUUUCUUUUGCGAAUGUCCUAUAUGGAGAUCUAUAAUGAGGAAAUAAAUGAUUUAUUGGCUCCUGAGCACCGAAAACUGCAGAUUCACGAAAGUAUUGAGAGGGGAAUAUAUGUUGCUGGCUUGCGAGAAGAAAUUGUUGCCUCUCCUGAGCAAGUCCUUCAUUUCAUGGAGUAUGGAGAAUCUCAUCGGCAUAUUGGAGAGACAAACAUGAAUUUGUACAGUAGUCGGUCUCACACUAUCUUUCGCAUGAUAAUAGAGAGUCGGGAUAAAAACGAAGAUGAAGAUAUCAACAAUUCUUGUGAUGCUGUUCGCGUAUCAGUUUUGAAUUUGGUAGAUCUUGCUGGUUCAGAACGUGCUGCAAAAACUGGAGCAGAAGGUGUUCGCCUUAGGGAGGGUUCCCACAUCAAUAAAAGCUUGAUGACCCUAGGAACUGUCAUUAAAAAAUUGAGUGAAGGUGUUGAAAGUCAAGGGGGUCAUGUUCCCUAUCGAGAUAGCAAGCUUACACGCAUUCUACAACCUGCAUUAGGUGGAAAUUCAAAUACAGCUAUCAUAUGCAAUAUCACACUUGCACAGAUUCAUGCAGAUGAGACUAAAAGCACUCUCCAAUUUGCAAGCAGAGCUUUACGUGUUACAAACUGUGCUCGUGUGAAUGAGAUUUUAACUGAUGCUGCUUUGUUAAAACGUCAAAAGAAAGAGAUUGAGGAACUUCGAGCCAAACUACAGGAUUCUCAUUCAGAGCAUUGGGAAGAGGAGAUCCUCAAUCUACGAAACACACUGCUACAGACUGAACUGGAAAGGGAACGUAUAGCUUUGGAACUGGAGGAGGAAAAGAAGGCCCAGGCAGAAUGGGAGAAGAGAGUGCAAGAGCAAGCUAAGAAAAUUGAAAACUUAAGCUCAAUGGUUUUGUAUUCAACUAGGGAUGAGAAUCGUGACCAUAAUAAAAAGGGGAAGAGGCGGGACACAUGGUGCCCUGGCAAGCUUCCACAAGAGGUUUUUAGAGAGGAAUCUUUCACUGUCCAAUCAAAUGCUUCUGGAGUAAAACCUAUGAAACCUAAGCGUGAUAUGGGACCACUUCUUCCUUUUGAGGAACUGGUGAAGGAAAUUGAUGUUGCUUUGGAUGACUCUUGCAAACAAGAUGAAGAUGUUAGAAGUAAUGAUUUGGAAGACUGCUUUCUCCCUGCUCCUUCAGUUCUAUUACAUGUAACAAGUAGGAGAAAAGUUCCACUCCCCAAGAAGAAAAGCUUACCCUUGGUGGAAAAUGAAUUAGUUGAAAUGCAGGCAGAUUAUGAGGAUCUGCUUUUAAAAUUUGAAACUCAGAGAACUAUGAGUGAGAUACAAAUAGAUUGCUUAACUAGAAAGCUUGCUGAGGCUGAUUUGUUUUGGGGUGAGAAAUCCAAUGAUUAUUCCCUGUAUUAUGCCAAUAAAGGUACCAUUAAUGGGGACAAAAAUGAUAGUCUAAGGGAGUCAGAGGCUAUUCUUGUGAUCAAGCGGCUCCAAGAGCAGAUUAAAAUGUUGGAAAUGGAGAGGUCUUCAAGCCAGCAAAAUCUAGAUAGUAUUGUUGAACUGGCAACAGAACAAAACAUAUCUGCCAGGAAUAAGUUUGAAGAGCUCUAUGAAGAGCUUCUAUAUGCACAAGAGGAAGCUAGGAUGGCUCAAGAGCAACUUACUUCCAAUGAAUCUGAGAGAAUAACUGAUGGUGGGAAUUCUGACUUUGUUAUCAAGCUUUCAGUGGAAGUCCAAGAAUUAAUGUCAGAAGUCCAAAACUCAAAAAAAGUAGUUGAGAGCGUCUCUUCACUUGUGGAUGAGGUUUCUAAGAGUUUUUCUUCUCUAUUUGAUGUGUUCCAUCAGGAUUUCAGGACUCUGAUUACCCAGAGUUCUCAGCAACAAAAUUUGAUUGUCAGUAACUAUGAGAAGUUAACUUGUCGCAUGAGGGAGAGAGUUACCGAACUUGAGAAUGAGAAGAUUCUUUUGUUCAAUCAAUCUGUUGAUAUCCAGAACCAGAUACAAGAACUAAGAGUAGAUACUCAACAUUCAGAAAAUUCCUUAAAAGAACUUUUGGAACAACAGGAUUUGGAAAAGUUGGAAUAUCUUUCACUAAUUCAAACUCUUGAAAAAGAGAUAUCGAGUUUAUCAUCUUGUUCCUUGGCUAAGGAAAAGGACAAUCUGAGAAAAGAUCUUGAGAAAACAAAGGCAAAGCUGAAAGAGACUGAUUUCAAGCUUAAGAAUGCCAUCCAGGAGAAAACCAAACUUGAGGGUGAGAAAGCAUCUGCCGAACGAGAGUUAAAACGGUUGCUUGGUCAGAACUCUCAACUAGAGCGUGAUAUAAGCAAGCGUGAGUCACUUGCAUGUAGAAGGCGUGAUUCAAUUGUUGAUAGGAACUCAAAGGUGUUUGACUCAAAAAGGGCAAAGGGUCUGGCUGUUCCUUCUGAACAGACAUUGCAGGAAGAAAACAAAAAACUGGAAGUCCUCUUAUUUGAAUAUGAGACAGCUGUUGCUUCUUUGGGAGAGGAAUUGGAUGCUGCAAACAGGGAAAAAGAUGUGGUUAUAUUUAGAAAUGAAGGUAUAACUUCAAAAUUAGAAGCCCUGUCAGAAGAGUUGAACACAUCGAACAAGGAACUGCAAGUGUUUCAGGAAGAGGUCUCAGCUCUUAGACAAUGUUUGGAAGAAUCUAAAUCCAACGAGCAAAAGAUGGAAACCUCUGUCAAAAAGUUGGUACAAGAAAAGGAAGAGCUGGCAAUGCAACUAUCUGAUUCCCUUUUGGAAAUGGAGGAGGAAAGGGCAAUAUGGUCUGCUAAGGAGAAAGCUUCCAUUGAAGCCAUAGGAGAGAAAGCAAAGUCGUACAAUGUGGAGAUUAUGAUGUUAUCAAAAGAAAUGGCACAGGAUUGUGCAUCUGUUAAUUGUAAGGUGAGGGAUGAAUUGGAGUCCUGUAGAGAAGAAUGCAGGAUUCUUAGGGAAAGAUUGAUUUCUUCUGAGGAAAAUGCAGAAUGGGAGAUGAAAUGCAGCAUGGAGAAGUCUUUGGAGAUUGAUCAGCUGAAAAAUGGCCUUAAAUUAGCUAAAAUCGAGUGCAUACAAUCUCAAGAAAUGUUGAAGUCAGAUUCAGAGAUUCUCUCUUUGGAGUAUAAUUGUGUUCAAGAGGAUGUGCAAAUGCUUAAGAACGAACUUAGUUGUGUCAAUAAAGAACGAGAAUAUUUAUUGAUUCGAAUUAAAGAGUUGGAAGCAAUAUCAGAACUUUCAAAUGACUUCCAGAAUCUUAAAGACCAACUUCAUAUUAUGACAGAGGAAAGGGAUAGAUUGAUGACUCAGAUUGAAGAGCAGCAGAGCCAUGUUGUUGAAAUGGAAUGUCCGAAAAAGAAUUGCAAUGACAUGUUAUCUGACGCAAAUGUUCAAGUGGAGGAACUGACUGGGAGAAUUUCCAGCAUGGAAGUCAAGAUGCACAAUGAUGAAGUCGACAACAGCAAGGAAAAGGCAAAGCUUCGGAUGAGACUUCGAGGGACACAAGCAAAGCUGGAUGCAUUCCGUAAUAGAUACAUGGAAGCAAUGAAAGAGUCAGAUCUCAUGAACAAGAAUUUUGAGGAGGCAGCUGGAAAGCUGAAGGACCAGUUAGCUUCAAAAGGAAUUGAGGUCCUUAACCUCAAGAAGAAGCUUGCUUCCACUAUAGGGCAAUGAAGGGAAAUCAUUGAACUUAAUGAUUUCCAAAAUUGUUAUAUGCAAGAAUACUACUGGUAGAGAUUAUGAUUAUAGUUCAUGUAUAUAUUAGAAUCCUUUGUAAAUAUAUGUUUUGGUGUUGAGAAAUAGAUAAGUAAUCUGGGGGAAAUAAAUGUAAGUUUAGUUGUAA